AUGACCAAUCCAUGGAUGGCUGAUGAUAUGAUUUUUCAAAUGUAUCAAUUUCUAACAUCUAGAUUUAUUAUUUCAGUGUGUAGACUCGUUUCCAAGCAGUGGAAUUUAAAAGCCAUAGAAGUAUCUCUCACUUUGGAUUAUUCAAAUCUUUGUUUGCGUCCGAGAUUGGAUGAAUUAUUACUAGAUGAUGGUGGUACAACAGCACAAACAAAUUCUUUGAUUCCUCACCUAUUCAUUCAAAAUAUUACUUGCUUAAAUUUAUCAAACAAUUUACUGGGACCAGAUCAUUUGAACACUCUAGCCUGUUGCGAAUAUUUGAACAAUUUGAAAUCAUUGGAUAUUUCUGAAAAUAGUAUAGUUGAGAAUUGUGAGUCAUCUUCGGAAGUCAUUUAUUUACUCGUGUCGAGUAAAUUCAUGUCUAAUUUAACAUGUUUGAAUGUUGGAGCUACAAAGCUCAAAGAUGACGGUGCAUUGAUGAUUGCUACAAGUCCAUACAUGUCCAAUUUACGAGAGCUUUAUUUGAGGGCAAAUUUGAUGACCAAUUCAGGAGUUGAAGCAAUUGCAAAUAGUAAGAUACUUUCAAAUCUUACCACAUUGGAUCUUUCUGGCAAUCAUAUUACACCUGAAGGAGUUUUAUGUUUGACCCAGAGUAGUAACAUGAAAAAUCUUACUGAUUUGAAUUUAAACGGAAAUAAGGUUAGUCUUGAGGGCGUUGUGUAUAUUACCUCAAGCAAAUAUUUAAAAAAUCUUAGAAAGUUACAUUUGGCCUAUGCUAGCAUUAAUGAUGAAGCAGUUGAGGCUCUGUGUAGAAGCAUGUCAAUGUGUAAUUUAACAGAAUUGAAUUUAAUUGGAAAUUCAAAGCGUUUUUCUAUGACACUCAAGCCUUGCAUCACAACGAAAUCGAUAACAAUUAUUUCCUCGAGCGUUUUCAAAAACCAUUUACACAACUUGUCGAUCAGUAUUGACGAUAUUGAUAUGACCAGUAUGAAAGAACUGACCGAAAGCUCAAAACAUCUCAGAACACUUGAAUUGAUUGGUUGUAAUAUCCACGAAGAAGCAGGUACAUUUAUUAUGCAGAGUUCACACCUUCUAAAUGUAACUAAUUUAAGUUUGCGCUACAACCAGUUGGACGGUACAUUAUUUUUUAAUAAUUACAUUUCGACAAAUCAUUUUGAAAAAUUAACAUGUAUAGAUUUGAGCUUCAACAGUAUCAAGGCAGAAGGCGCUGUAUUGAUGUCACAAUGCUCUCGAUUAAGGAAUGUUAAAGAAUUGGAUUUAAGUCACAAUGAAAUUGGUGAUCAAGGACUCUCGGCAUUGGCUUCCAGCCAAUAUUUAAGCAAGUUGACAAGGUUAAAGCUGGAUCAUAAUAGAAUUGGCAACCAUGGCGUUGUGGCAUUGUGCAAGAGUGAAUGUCCAUUGAAAAGUUUGACACAUCUCGAUCUGAGUUGGAACUCUCAAAUUUACAGUGAAGGAGGAGUCUCUAUUGCUAACAGCGCCAAUAUGAAGAAUUUAACUUUUUUACAUUUUCAUAAUUGCAACAUUGGAACAAAAGGAGCACAAGCCAUUGCCUCGAGCGAAUUUAUGCAAAACUUGACAGAGCUACAUGUGCCAUAUAAUUGCAUUGCAACGAAAGGGGCUCUCGCUAUUGCUUCGAGCCAGCACUUGAAAAAGUUGCGAGUGCUCUCAAUGCAAGGAAAUGUGAUUGGAGCAAACGCGUACGAGGUGACUGCAGAAAAACUCUCCACUUUCAAACAUUUGACCACCAUUUCUAUUCAGAGGCCAAGAAGAUAA